UGUCCCUAGUGGCUCGUCCCGCCUUCCCCGGUCCACUAACAAAAACUGAUUGUACGACGGCGCUGGCGUGUCGAGUCCAACCGUCAGUUCGGACCCACGUCGUGAACCGAGUUCCUGUAAAGAUCUCCGCCAAGACGGUCAGGACGACUUCUUAGAGCGAGUGCGGAGCACACGCUACGACUCACCCGGAGUGGGGUGCAAUUCUAACCCCCAAACAGUCGCAGGAUCCUUUCCCCGGCCGGAGGUCAUGAUCAGCUGGGACGUGAGACGCCGGGACUGAUCGAAACACUACUCCCGAUCAGGAGCAGUGGUCCCCUAGUGUGUUGGAAGCUGAUGAUCGCUGGAUAGUGAGGCGAUAUGGUUCUCAGCCAGCAACUCAGCAACCGAAGCGCCUCUAGAUUAUGUCGUUGGUUCGCCCGUUAGACUGCGCGGAGCGACCAGGGUAGCCAGAGUAGUAUCGGUAUGUGUGAUGGGAUACAGCAACUGGACAUGAUUGCGCUGACGCAAAGAUUAUGACAUGUCUGCACAGCCAACACCGUCGAUUUACCACUGAUUUGCAACGUUCACCAAGGGUACUUUGUUACCUUUCAAGCUACUCGCAACUCAUCUGGCGUUGACCCGCACCGCAGUAUUGUGCUAAGCCUGCAGCCAGUACCUGUGGAUCAGUUACCCUGAGGGGACAUCCUUUCUCCCGCUUACGCCCUACACAAGCGUGAAAGGCUUCCCUAUUUGGAGUAACGUGUUGGGGGGCAUUUGGCUUUCUCCCCGGUCUACCCACGGUAUACGCCAAGAGUACUUUCAAUGUUCAUCAAGGUGCACAUAGCCCCACACUAAGAUGCAUCCCAUGCCCUGGCUGUUGGGACAUCUUUUCUCACAGGAGGACAACGGCUAGGGAGCCCAAUGGUCCCCCAAAUAUGCGUGGGGCUUUCCACCGUCAUAUGCAGAGUAAGUCGCGCUUCCGCUCAUGCAAACUCUUUUCUACGGUUCCCACGAUACGGGAUUUAUGAGCCCUAGGAUGUAAGGUUACGAAGGCUGGCUAUCAUGACGAGAGUCUACCGCUGUUCCUGUUAAGCCUGGCCAACCGGAUCCAAGUCAGCUCCAUAGUACGACGAACCACUCACAACUCUCAACUCAUUCUUCAUUAUUUGACUGGCUCGCCCACAACAAAUAGACGUCGUCCCUCCUUCCGUAAUUUGUUCUUCCUCAAUAUAUUGCACCGACUGUUGUGCUACUGGCCUGGACGCAAUAGAAGCGCGCCAAUCUCAACCUAUACAUCUCACUUGAAAACGUUACUGCUCAUAGCUGACGGUAACCAAGAUCCAGCCGCCUAUCGAAUCAACGGCGGUUUGGUGCGACUAUCCCUGUCCAACAGCUCAUCAUACAUUAUAACAAGAGAUCCACGAAAAAGCAAAAACACUACCAUCACUCGAAGUCAAAAUUUCAAGCUGAAGCGAUUGGAUUUUACGCGGUGAUACCGGAAACUUACCUGCCUACGCUUCGGAGCACCGUGGUGGCCUUUUAGGCAACCCGCCAUCGUCCUUCACCCUGGCUGUGCAAACCAUUCUCUACAGGCCAGCGCCCCAAGCGUUCGCUGCUUCUACCUUCUUGUAUCCUGCAAAUUCCGCACGAAGCCUCAAGGAACAACAGCCCAGUGUUGUAGGGAGAGGCCAAAUACAAUCUGAUCCAAGCCCCCACGGCAGUCCAACUUUGGGGCAGGACGGGCAAAAACUCCCAUGUCCCGAUCUCUGGGACCAUAAAGGGCCAGGAGAUCAGGGCUCAAUGUCACAGAGGCCGGCUCCGUCUCGUCCUGUAUCUCAAUCAACCGCCGAUGGCCGGGAUGAUAGUUCGCCCGCUGGUACUUUUCGGGGACAAGAAGGUCAACAUGCUGGGCUUGACCAUGGAGAUGAAAUUUCUCGAGAUCAAAAUUCACAGCAGCUGAGCCAGCAGCCAGCAGCCCAACCCCAUGCACAAACUUAUCCGCCAAUGACGCCUGGCGAUAAUUGUGCACCUGGUGCUUCUCGGGGAGUUGGCGUCCAUACCAUGUUAAACCCAACGGAGUCUGCAAACAGCCGUGUGCAGUCCACGUUUAGUUCCAAUUCCCAGAUGGCUUUCGUGGAUCGGUCACUACCACAACAGACCACUCGCGCAGUAAUACCACCACUCAUAUCACGUCUAAAUCAACCUCCGAAUAGUCCUAGUUUAUUAUCAGCGAACGCCGGCUUCGCCGGGCGGCGCAGGAGAAGUUUGGCCCCAAGCGUCAAUAGAACUGUUAGUCUCGGCAAUGCGGCGAUGGGAGGCCAAAGACCCUUUGUUCAACCACCACCUGAAUACGAGUCAGGGUGGCCGCACGUUGUAGUCCCGGGGACUGGUGCUUCGUCCGAAAUCCCACCGGUGCCCGCCAUUCCUGCACAUAUUCGAGGUCCUAUCAAUUUGCCUCCUCCCGUGUCUGGGCCACCUUUAAACCGACGAGCGAGUGUUGCUGUGAUGGGAGGGCCAGCAGCAAGGUUACCGAAUUCACAGAGUGUGAGCCCGAACUCUCCAUACUCUUAUAGCAGCCACCCAUCGCCCGCUGCGAUGACUCAGAUGAGCCAGCCGCCUUCUGGCCCACCAUAUUUCACAGGUCCAACUCAAAGAGGAGCCGUCCCAGAAGGAGGUCCGUCACAGGGAAACCUACAAGAACCAGGCCCCUACACAACUCACCCACCGGAGAUAAUGCCCCCCCAAGGCCCCGUUAGCGGUGGGCAUGACCUGCUUUGGGCAGCAAGAAAUGGCGAGUUCAACAUACCUGUGGAUGUGGAUGUAGGAUCAAUUGAGGCUGGUAAUAGACGAAAGCGCAAUGCAAGCGCCUCGGCGCGUUUCCGCAAAAGGACCAAAGAUAAAAAGGAACAGGAGAAUAAGGAGAUUCAAGACAGAGAUAAGAUGAUAGCCUACCACAAGGAACGGAGCGACUUCUUUCAGGCUGAAGCAGAGAGAAUGUGGCGCAUGUUAUGCGACAACCCGGCGACCAGAAACCAAGCUUUACAAGCGCCACCACGGAGUCCUAUUAUUCGGGAGCCAUCUCCACUCUCUCAUGACCUUUCUCCCGGCUCACGACGGCAGUCCCCCGGAGACGACAUGACCCAAGGCGAAAGACCUGCAAGACGAAGGCGACUAGAUGAUCAGGGAGAAUAUGGACGCCCUGAUAACCAAUCCAGACCAGAAGAAGGGCAGAAUAUGCAAUAUCUCCCUCCUACCACCCCAUACGCCAGCGCACAGCCUCGACCAGAAGGAGGCCAACACCCACAGCAUCUACCUCCCCAAACUAGAAGCGUUUCUGGCCCUGUGGUGGUUCCAAGUUGGCUUUCCAACACCGCUGCGCAACGUCCGCAAUCUACCUUCUACCCCCCAGGUGGCAGUGACCGAUCGUGGCCAAGUGGACAACUACCACAGCCACCACAGCAACAACCACAGUACCAAGCACAGUACCAAACGCAGUACCAAGCAAAUCAGCAGGCAAAUCAUCAGGCAAAUCAUCAAGCAAACCAUCAAGCAAAUCAUCAAGCAAAUCAUCAAGCACAACAGCAAGCACAACAGCAAACGCAACAGCAAACGCAACAGCAAGCCCAGCAGCAAGCUCAACAGCAGGCGCAACAACCGACUCCGAAGCCAGGCGACUCUAGCGGGCAGCGGCAAUAGGGUCGUCACUAUCUAUCAUCACUCCAAAUACUACCUACCGAAACACACCCUUUAUCAAACCAAAUUAACCCAACGGUGCCACAUUACAACCGAAUCUGCAAGCAACAACGAACUAUCAUACUAUCACACUAUCAUUUAUUUCAUAUUACACCACAUUAUAUAUUGUACCGGAUCAUCUGUUGUACCACACUAUCUGUUAUUAUAACUCGCUCUUAUCACGGCACACUGCGUGUGCCAACACCACCGAAGAAUUGCAUGGAUCGGGCGACCGAGCAUACCUAUUUAUACCCCUUUUGUUUCUCAGCGCGGCGGAGUCUUUUUGUUAUCGUUUUGUUGUUUUUUCUGCAGCGGCGGCGGGUGUUUGGAGCAUGGAGCUUAUAUGCCCAGGUAAAGGGCGAACUGGGCGGGGAGGGAGGUUUUGUAACUGUUUAUUUAUAUCACGUACUGGGCGGAACAGAUUGGGAACUACCAGGAUGGCGGGGAGAAAGUCUUAAGGGGGUUAUUUGUUUGGAGUUUGGGGAGACGGCGACAUUGACGGCAGCUGAAAUUGGAUAUAUACUGGCAGUCUUCAAAUAUAAGAGGACUAUCUGAGUGGAAUGCCGGGACAUACAGCAACAUAUACAUAUAUAGUAUCGAUAAUACCAAAUUGUUAAGAAUGA